AUGCACAACGCCGACCCAAACCUGGAUGCGACCGCGUUCGACGAUUACGGGGACUCGAUGGACCUCGAGUCGACGAGGUUCAACGUCACCGUCACGCCGCAGAACGUGGAGACGGUCGCUCCUCCGGAAGACCUCGACUCCACCGUUGCUCUCUUCGCCGCCGGAUCAGAUGACCACGUCGUGGGCGAGCUCCCGACAUGCCAACGCGAAAAGUAUUCCGACUACAACGAUUCCAUGAUUUCGUUCCUCCAAAUUGAAUCGCAAUCCGCCACUGCUACCAACCUCGAGCUGUAUGCGGAGAAGAAGAAAUUAGAGGAGGAGUUGGCAACGGUCACUCAAGAAAACCGAGCUCACAAACGUGACCUCGCGGAGUUCGAACAGCAACUGGCCGCUGGGAAAACCACGUAUAUCAAGCUCGUCGAAGCCAUGCAGGAGAAAGACGAGGCUCACGCUCAAGAACUCCGUGUUGCCCGCGAAGAAACUGACGCACUCGUUGAGCAAGCCCGGCUGGCUACCAACCUCGAGCUGUAUGCGGAGAAGAAGAAAUUAGAGGAGGAGCUGGCGACGGUCACUCAAGAAAACCGAGCUCACAAACGUGACCUCGCGGAGUUCGAACACCAACUGGCCGCUGGGAAAACCACGUAUAUCAAGCUCGUCGAAGCCAUGCAAGAGAAAGACGAGGCUCACGCUCAAGAACUCCGUGUUGCCCGCGAAGAAAGCGCAGCGACACUGGAACGAGCGCAGCUGGACGCCGCCUCGGCACGCGAGGACUCUGUGAAGCUGCAAGAGCUACUUACUACAUUGCCACACCUCCAAGCUCAGCUCGACACCCUCAAAUCUACCAACCAAAACCUCAUCGAAGCUGCGAAGGCCAUGGAAGCGGCUCACGCCGAGGAGCUCCGUGUCGCCCGCGAAAAAACUGACGCACUCCGUGAGCAGGCGCUGUUGGAUGUCGCCUCCAUCCGCGAAGAGUGCCUCAAGGUCAAUUCGGAAUACGAAAACCUCUCCAAGUCCGCGGAAGCGAAUGUAGCGAAGUGCGAGAAGGUGACGGCGGAACUUGAAGCUCUCCGCGAACAGCAUGAGAUGUCGCUCAAGCAGGCUGAACUCGUCAUCGGGCAACUCAACGACCAGCUGCGGGAAAAAGAUGCGGAAAUCCAGCACCGCGCUGCUGCUCUCAAGCAGCAGUUGAAGACGGCCGAAGAAUCAAAUGCGGAACUGGAGCAGCGGCUGAUCGAACAGGCAGCAUCCACCGAACAAGAAAUUGAAGCCCUCCGUCAGAAGCACGACCUGACCAUUAAGCACGCGGAAUACAGCAUCGGACAACUGCAGGACGAGCUUCGCCAGAAAAAUGCAACACCCGAGCCCGGCGCUGCUCUCCAGCAGCAGUUGAUGGCUGUCGAGGCUCAGAAUACCGAGCUCAAGCAGCAGCUCGCGGAUCAGAAGGCAGAGCUGGCUGCGGCGAACGAAGAGGUGGAAAGGCUUGGCAGCGCGCUCGACGAAGUGGACGAUAUUGAAGCGAAAUUGCUGAAGGAGAUUGGCGAACUUCGGCAGCAACUCGGCGGCUCCAAGGAAACACAGCAUUCGUCACCGGGGCUGCUCGCUGUGUUGAAGGACCGAAUCCAGGCGCUUUCGCCGCUCCGCACUUCGCCAGUGCAUUCGCCGAUCGAGCACGGAAACGAGCAGCCACGGACCCCGAUAGCCAACAAAACCAUGGGCACUAUGGAGAUGACCAAGCUCAACACUCCGGCUCGCAACACGGCCGGGUCGCCAAGCCAACCGAAGCAAGAGUGCACGCAGCAA